GGCGGCGGCAGACACGCUCCGCCAACCGGCCGCAGCCGCCUGGGGCUGCUAGAGCGCCGUCUGGAAACUUCGCUCGGCUUCCGGAGCCCGCUGACCAACCCCCGGAGCGGCGGUCCUCACAGAGCGCACCGAAGAAAGCGGCCCCAUCCCCGGCAGACGACCCGGCCCUGUGAGGACCCGCUUGUUCCGCGGUCUCAGUGCGCGCGCGCGUGCGCGCGCCGCCGUCGAGCCGCGCGGUGCCCAGCUGUGGGCCCUGAGGCGAGGGCGCGGGUGGUUCAGCUGAGGCCCGGGGGCGUGGCGAGGCCCCGUGGCGCCUGUUUUCCCGGCCGGGUCCGCUUUCGGUUUCGUUUGCCUGCUAGCAUCUACACCCUGGAGAGCAGCCGGGCCUGGCGCGUCCCCUCCGCCGCCGCCGCCCGCAGGAGCAGCGGUCCGACGGCCAUGGCCCAGGCCGCCGUGGCGGUGGGCGAGGUGACCCAGGUGCUGUGCGCGGCGGGUGGCGUCCUGGAGCUGGCGGAGCUGCGGCGCCGCGUGCGGACCAGCCUGGGCGUCGACGCGCUGGAGCGGCUCUUGCGGGACCGCGGGCGCUUCGUGGUGGUCUCGCGGGCUGGCGCGGGCGGUGGGGCGGCGGCCCCGGAGCGCGUGGUGCUGGCCGUGUCGUCGCUGCGUCUGUGCCGCGCCCACCAGGGUCCCAAGCCGGGCUGCACCGGGCUGUGCGCGCAGCUACAUCUCUGCAAGUUCAUGAUCUAUGGAGCCUGCAAGUUCCUGAGGGCCGGAAAGACCUGUAGGAAUGGGCACAACUUGAAGACUGAUCACAACCUGAGUGUGCUGAGAACCCAUGGUGUUGACCACCUCACCUAUACUGAGCUAUGCCAGCUCUUGUUUCAGAAUGAUCCCUGGCUUUUACCAGAAAUUUGUUUACACUACAACAAAGGAGAUGGACCCUUCGGCUCUUGCUCCUUUCAAAAGCAAUGUAUUAAACUCCAUAUCUGCCAGUACUACUUACAGGGAGAGUGCAAGUUUGGCACUAGUUGUAAGAGAUCCCAUGAGUUCUCUCACUCCGAGAAUCUGGAGAAAUUGGAGAGGCUGGGCAUAAGUUCUGACCUGGUGAGCAAGCUGUUCUGCACUUACCAGAACGCGUAUGACAUCAAGAAUAAAUGUUCAACCCUCAGCAAAGUGCCUCCUCCUUCAGGUCCACAGAAGACUUCUGAAAGAAGAGGCAGUUUAGGGUCUCUGUCGUCAAGUACUCCUAGCCAGGAGGAGAGCGAUCAGAUCUGCUUGUACCACAUCCGCAAAAGUUGUAGCUUUCAAGAUAAGUGCUAUAGAGUUCAUUUUCAUUUACCAUAUCGAUGGCAGUUCUUGGAUGGAGGCAAAUGGAAGGAUUUGGAUAAGAUGGAACUUAUUGAAGAAGCAUAUAGCAAUCCCAGUAAAGGCAGGAUCAUGUAUGCAGAAUCAGCAGCUGGCUUUCACUUUGAUAAUUUAGACUUUACCUCCAUGAAAUUUGGUAGUACUCUGGCUCGCCGCCUCUCCACAGCUUCCUCAGUCACCAAACCCCCACACUUCAUCCUUACUACUGACUGGAUUUGGUACUGGAUGGAUGAAUUUGGUUCUUGGCAGGAAUAUGGAAGACAAGGCACAGCAUACCCUGUGACUACCAUCAACAGCAGUGAUGUGGAAAAGGCCUACCUGGCAUUCUGUGUCCCAGGGGCUGAUGCCCAAGCAGCCACCUUGAAGUUCCAGGCUGGAAAGCACAACUACGAAUUAGACUUCAAAGCUUUUGUGCAGAAAAAUCUGGUCUAUGGUACUGUCAGAAAGGUUCGUCGAAGACCCAAGUAUGUGUCUCCCCAGGAUGUGCAGAUGAAGCAGUCCUGCAAUGCCAAAUUUCAAGGCCUAAAGAGCAUCCCAGACUACUGGGACCAUGCAGCCCUGCCAGACCUGGGAUUUAAGAAGAUUGUCCUCAGUUCUUCCUCGGAAGAGUACCAGAAGGUCUGGAACCUCUUCAACCGUACACUGCCUUUCUACUUUGUUCAGAAGAUCGAGCGGAUCCAGAACUUGGGCCUGUGGGAAGUCUACCAAUGGCAAAAAGGGCAGAUGCAGAAGCGAAAUGGGGGGAAGGAAGUAGAUGAGAGACAGCUGUUCCAUGGUACCAGCAGCAACUUCGUGGAUGCCAUCUGCCAGCAGAACUUUGACUGGCGGGUCUGUGGUCUUCAUGGUACAUCCUAUGGCAAGGGGAGCUACUUUGCCCGAGAUGCUGCCUAUUCCCACCACUACAGCAAAUCCGACACACAUUCCCACAUGAUGUUCCUGGCCCGGGUGCUGGUGGGAGACUUCGUCAGGGGCAAUGCUGCUUUCGUCCGCCCUCCAGCCAAGGAAGGCCAGAGAAAUGCCUUCUAUGACAGUUGUGUGAACAGUGUGUCCGACCCAACCAUCUUUGUAGUUUUUGAGAAGCACCAGGUCUACCCCGAGUACCUCAUCCAGUACUCUACCUCCUCUAAGCCCCUGCCUGGCCCAUCCAUCUUUGUUGCCUUGAGUUCCUUGUUCACCAGCCGGCAAUGAGCAUGAACAGGAUGUGUUAGGCCUUUUUGGCAUAUCCAUCUUGGUGGAACUGUUGGGGAUUCUUUUUAAAGCAAAACUUUUAAUGAACUCUUGUUUAAUGUUAGCUUCUCAAUGAAGUUGCACUUUUUUUUCUCCCUUAGUGCUGGGGGUGGAACCCAAGGCCUUGUGCUUGUACUCUACCACUCUAGGCUCUACCACUGAGCUACACCCCAGCCCUUUUAAAAUUGUUUUUAUUUUGAGACAGGGUUUUGCUAAGUUACCUAGGCUUGCCCUGAACUCAAGAUCAUCCUGCCUCAGCCUCCUGAGUAGCUGGGAUUACAGGCCUGUGUGACCAGGCCUGACUUGAAGUUACAUUCUUAAUCCCUUGCUCAUAACAUUUUUAACUUUUAGGUCCCUUUCAGGUUGGCUUGUGGCCUCAUCAUAGUGAUUUUGGUGAGCCCAAGUUUGCAUUUUAAUAAUGUUAGCAUUGUAUUUUUUACUCUUUGCUGACUUUGCCAUUAUUGAUACCAAGCACAGUUUCUAUGCAUAGUUUUAUGGAUUUGUUUUAAUUGUUAAGAAUCUGUCUCUAAAGCAGGUCUGUUUGGGGGUGGUUUUGUUUCCAGUUUGCUUUUUUUUUUGUUUUUGUCAGAGUAGCAUAGUGACCAUAUGGGGAGGAUACCACAGGGCAGACCUAAGGCAUUACUGUCACUUCUGCCCACUGUUCUGGUACUAACCCAGACAGCUCUUGGUGACUGAUCCUGGGCUCUGGUACUAGUUGGCUUGUGCUGUAUUAUCAAAACCAAUAGCUACUUUGGUGAUGUCAAGUACCUGCCAGUUUUCCCUUGUUCUGGUGGGAGUUAGCAUGCAGAGGAAGCACAGCACCCCCAACCCCAACAGGAUACAUGGAUAAGUGCCCCCAGGAGUAUUGGGUUUGGGCCUUUGAGUGCCUUUACCUGCAUCCCUUAAGCACACUGGACAUGCUUCAAGUGUGGUUUUUAUGUCCCAAUGAGAUUGACUACCUGUGCUGCAAAUGUCAUAUAAGAGUACGGAAAUAAAAACUAUCUGAAGUAGAUAAAGGCUGGUGCUCAUUUUUCAGUCUGUUUAAAGAGUGCCAGAUAGGUACCAGGCCCUUUCCUGUUAUUAGAAUUAUCUUGGUCAUUUAGGCUAAUAUAGCAAAAUAUCAUUAAUGUGUGGCUUGUAUUAAAUAGUAGGCAUUCAUCAUUCAAGGUUCUGGAGACUGAGAAGUCCAAGGUCCCUGCCUAUAGAUUCAGGGUCCCAUAAGGGCUCAUUCCUCAUAGGUAGCCAUCU